CUAAUGUUAAGGGAAGCUGCUGAACCAAGUCUAGUCAGAUACGCUGGCGUGACUAGAGUGCCUUAUGAACGCUAUAUACUGUACUUAUACUUUUAUUUGCCCUACUGAUUUAUAUUACGCGUAGAAAACAAUACAGCAAUAUCCGAGAUUGGGUGCCACGGAGAUAACCCCUGGUGACCUUGCAUUAACUUGUUGGCAGUGAAGACAUCUCUCCUGUACCGCACAAGCUCGUGCAUAGUGAGUGCAUUGCAGUCUUCCGACACAUACACACUGAGCAACACUGCAGGUUUCGAACCUUUCCUGUUCACCAUGGUGUUGACGAUCUAUGGACAUCGGAUGUCCCAGCCUUCUCGCAAUGUUUAUCUGUUCUGUAAGGUUGCCAAGAUACCGUACGUUGAGAGCAAUGUCGACUUGUGGCACGCUGAACAGAAAAAAGAAGCCUACCUGGCGAUCAAUCCCUUAGGCAAAGUGCCGUUCAUCGUAGAUGAUGACUUCAAACUCGGCGAAAGUAUGACGAUUUUGAGGUAUCUGGCGCGUAAAUACAAAGUGGCCGAUCACUGGUACCCGGACGACUUGCAGGCUCAGGCCAAAGUCAAUCGAUAUUUAGACUGGCAUCACACUGGUAUCCGGAAAGCAAGCAUUGACGUUUUCCAUGACAUGAUCAUGCAGCCUUUGUUUACUGGAAAGCCCAUGGACGAAGCCAAAGUGGCCCUUGAUCUCGAAGCAUUCGACAAGACUCUCGGAACCAUCGAGAAGGUAUUUCUUGGAGAUAAGAAGUACCUUGCCUCAGAGGAAAUCAGCAUUGCCGACAUAUGCUGCUUGUCGGAGCUGAUGCAAAUCAUGGCGGUCAAGCCGAUCGAUCUGCUGACCAAGCACCCACAACUCGCUGCCUGGAAGGAGAGAGUUGAGGAGCGACUCCGCCCGGAUUACGACGAUGUUUAUAAGGAUAUGAUUGAGUUUGGCGCCAAAAACCAAAAGAAGUAGUGGAGCUAAGUACAUCGUCGUUCUCCAUAUUAUCGUACACGGAAACUUGCCUUUUAUCUUGACUAGCACGACCGAAUAUACGAUCCAAGCAGAUGCAGUUAUUAAAAGGAAAAAGAGAAAUAAAGUAUUCCUUAACAUGAAGUAAGAGUUGCAAAUAUUUUGUAAGCUGUCUUUGCUACGUUUUAAUUCAGCGCAACGUUUUCCGCUGUGUAUUUGCUAGAAAUUAGCAUAAUUCAUUAUAAAAUGAGUGAUUUGACGUAAAGGGAAAAAGUUUUAUUUGGCCAUUUCUCAAUAGUCUUGUGUUAAGAUGUCACGAGCAGCUGCUGCACCCUUUUUACUCUACCACGCAUGUUACAACACUAAGAGAUGUUAUUAUGAACUUAGUUAUUAAUAAAUUUGUGUUUCAAAAAGCGGUACCGUUAAAGUGCCAAGUGAAUUCGUGUGUUAUCGAGAUAGAGACCGUCACGUGUUGCGUGGUACGGGAAAAUAAAUUCUAAUCUGGCAUGAAGGGAGAUUUACGAAGUUGUAUUGACUCAAGUCAUCCCCAGUUGGAGUCCGAUUUGGGUCGACUGUAAUGCUAACCCGGAACCGGAUUUAAAGUGCAUUUCUCAAUUUAUGUUUUCAUAAAUGUUUUAGUGAUUUCUUAGUAAGUGAGCCUCUUGUUGGAAUGUCGGCAAAAUUCAUGCCCCGUUUUCACCAAAAAAUGUUUUGGUUUCAAACACAUCUAUAGAUGGGAUCCCACAUUGAACUGUUUAGUAUAAUGACAUUAAGUUUUGGAGUUGUGAUGGAUUGAAUUUUGCCUCGUGAUUGGAUAACAAUCAUCAGCACUUCUUUUCAAUUUCAUGACAAGUAAGAUUUUUUUAACCCAUUGUUUACCCAGAUGUGAGUAAAAAACGUCAGACCUAAAUUUUUCUCCAGAGUGUUUUUUUUUGGUUGUAUUAGGUUCAAUUUAUUUACUUAAGUUGACUCGAACUAAAUACUUUUCUGCACUCGACGAAACACUGACUUGACUGACUUGUUGAUUAAAUGACCAUCAUUAAGUAAACAAGUCUGAGACUCGACUUGAAUUAAAACAUUUGGUGACUUAUAAAAACUGUAGAGCCCAGCACAGGCGUUGCAGAGGACGCUUGUCCCUUUCCCUUGGGGAAAAAAGGAAACCAAAAGGAAAACGACAAACGAAAAAGGGAAAGAAGAAGUGGGAAAUCUCAGAUUUGAUGGAAAAUACAACUUUCGAUGGAUUGGCAAUUUAAUAAGAUGUCGCAAUCACUGAAAUGUGAGAAAUUUAGAGAUUUUUCGUUUGAAGUAAAAAAUACAAAAUAAGGAAGUAAUAAAUGUCCCCUGAUAUUUAA